AUGUUGCAAAUCUUCAAACUCAUAUCCUGGAGGGCCUGGGGCUCGGAGCUGUUGGCAGUUCUGGGCUCCAGCGCGUCUCUUGUCGCCAUGGUGGUGCUUCUCUCCAAAUUUGACGGCAAAGCUCCCUUCACCUGGAAUAGUAUCACCCUGAACGCCGUUGUCUCGAUUUUAUCAUUGGCGAUUAAGACAAGUCUGGUCUUUGUCAUUGCCGAAUGCAUAGCUCAGUGGAAGUGGAUCCUUUUUGCCAGGGGACCACGUUUGCUUGUCGAUUUUGAUCGCAUCGACUCGGCUACUCGUGGUCCGCUGGGUAGUAUCAAGGUGCUUCUUGGCACCAGGGGCGCCUUAGCGGUCCAGUUUGGCGCCAUCUUGACCCUCCUAGCCAUCAUUCUCGAUCCUCUGGCACAGCAGUUAGUACAACUUCAGCAAAGCGUUGUGUUUGCCCCGAAAGCCUUUGGAGAGCCGGGCCUAUCCGCUCUCGCAUCUCGGACAAGCGUUUACGAAGUGGGAAGCUCGUUGAACGUUCAAGUUGGGAACGUUACCUAUCGGACAACCCAACUACCUCUAUCGAUGCAGGCAUCAAUCUUGAACGGAUUUUCUCGAUCGCCUUGGGAGGCUGCGCAAGAGGCACUUGUCCAAUGCCCGACGAGCAACUGUACCUGGGACCAGUUCGCUACGCUUGGUGUUUGCCAUAGAUGCGAGGAUCUUAGCUCCAAACUGAAGCGUGUCGACGGCUUUGGGGAGACUCUCCUCACUAUACAUGACGUGAGCUACGGCACGAAGAGUGUCAACGCGACCGCUUUUGCUUUGCCCAAUGGCCACUUCAUCACCAAUGUUGACGGGUGCCCACUUCACGACUAUCUGUGGAACCGUUGCCAGAAUGAGCAGCCGCUGGGGAUUUACUCCGACAAAAGAUAUGCUCUGACCUCUUUCGGCACUGGCAACCCAAACAAGACAAACUCUAUGAAGAAUAUCGACACAUUGAUCUGGUCCAUGAGCUUCAUCUACCCAGACGUCAAGUAUCUCAACUACUCAUCCCUUGACACGACGUCAGAUGGAGAUUUGGACAAGGGGCUCUACUGGCCAAAUAUUCCCAUGAAGGCUGAAGAAUGCUCUCUUUACUACUGUAUCAAGAUGGUCGACUCUGAGGUUGAGGGAAAUCAACUCUUUGAGAACAUUACCGAGGCAGAUGGUUGGAUACGUGACCCCGAGUCAUGGGAACGACUCGACAACGACGAACUAACAAAGAUAAACACGCCACCAGAUGAUGAGACCGACAGCUUGGAGUUUAAUCUCUGGUACUCGGCUGCCUCUUACACAGAUCUUAAACUCAAAGGGCCAGGCAAUCUGUCCACUGAACCAAUGAGCGUCUCAUCGGACACGGUGAUGGCGCUGAGCCACCACAUGCAGGACCUUUUACUGGCAAACUGGACAAACACCACCGAGAUCCGGAAGAGCACCCAAGACAAAUUGGGAAAAGGCGCUGUUGGGUUCAACGGAGUCUCUCAUGGCCCCAACGGCAAGGAACUCACCGUGGAAGCUGAACCACCGGGCAUUGGAGGUUUGUGGACCUGGACGAGUACGAACAUUACGAGGAGAUUUGAUGCCCUUGCGACGAGUAUGACCAACGAGAUGCGGAGAAAUCCCAAUCCUCGGCUCGACAAUGUCGAAGGACAAGAUCAGGAUCGGUACGAAGGGAAGCUAAGUUUCGAGGGAAAUGUCGGCACUGAAAAAGUGUUGUACGAUAUUCAGUGGCCUUGGGUAGCACUUCACGGGGUGAUGCUCUUCUGUGUUUUGGUCUUGUUGAUCAUCACGGCAAGAAGUGCUGGAGACCCGGACUUGACGCCGUUGGCUAGGAGUAGCACGCUGGCGACGAUCCGUCAGGGCCACCGGAUAGGAGGUGUCUUGGAGAACGCAGACACGAUGGAGCGUAUGGAACAGACAGCACGGAAGUUAUACGUGAGGAUCAGUGAUGGGAAGGAGGUUGACGAUGUGGCGCUUGGGAUGAUGAAUAGGGGGACGAGACAAAUCGCUUCAGAACGAGAGGAAAGUCGGCAUUUGACAAGUAUAGAGAUGGAGAACAGGGCUCAGAAGUGA